AUGGGUCACUUGUGCCCUAGAAAAAUCUUUGUCCAGGAUGUGAAAGCCAGCAGCUUAAACCCAGUGAGGGGCAGAAAUGUAAAUAACACAGAAACAAAGAAGCGAGUUCCUAUUCCCCCGCCGCUGAACUCUCAGUGCCGGCGGCGCCUCGCUGGCUCAAGGUCCCUGCGCCCGCUCGAGGAGAUGGCAGCAGCGGGGUCCGAAUCGGAGAUGCAGGCGGACUUGGCGGCGCAGCGGGCGGCUUGCGAGCGGCAGAUCGCCGCCGACCGGGACCCCUCCGCCUGGGCGGCCUUCCGCGCCGGCCUACACUCCGCCCGCUCCGGCGCCCACCAAACUUUCUCGCGCAAAGGCACGCCCCCCUCCUCCCUCCCUCAGUCCCCUUCUCAACCGGCGCUGCCGAAUGCGGGGGACCUCCCUGGGCUACGGAAGCAGCUCCGCGACCUCGAGGCCGACCUAGCGCAAACCCUGUCCCUCAAAAUCGCCAAGGAGAGGAAACGCGAGCGCAUGAGGGAGUCGAUCUCGGCCUCGGCUGCCGCAGGUGAGCAGCUCAGGAACACCAUCGCCGAUCAGAUGAACAGGAGAGUCCAACAUGCCGCGGCCGUAUCGCGUGCGCUCGACGCCGUCGAGGCUCUUGAAACGAAGGACAGCGAAGAUGAACAAUGGAGGGAAGAUAUAGACAAAGCUGUUUCAUGGUACCAGCAGUUUGCCGGCUUCCAGGUCGUUGAGAAAGUAGGAGGUGUGAGAUUCAUCUUUGACAAAGUUGACUCGCAAGUUCCCGAGAAGGAGUUCUCGAUGGUCUUAAACUUUGACAAAGACUCCGAGGAACUGCUCAAGGAUUUGAACCUCGCUAACGAUCUACCCAAGUUUGUAAGAAUAACCCGAGAAAGGAUCCAGGCUGCUUCGAUGAAUGGGACUCUUCCUGUAAGCACAAUGGUUUGUCCAGAUGCUUCCCCUCUACAAAUCUCAUCUCCGCCGAUGAUGUCAGUUGAUUCUAGCAGCAGAAAUGAUGCUGACCAAAGCCACUCCCAAAGUAAGAACAAGAAGAAGGCUCUUCCUGCUAAGAGAAGAGCUUCUGCCUUGUCGGCAGCAUCUCCUGGCUCUGUGCGUCGCUCCCCACGUUUUCCGGUAACUUGUCUCAUCUCUUCUAGAUAUUUUUCAAGUUUGUGUGUAGAUGAAUCACUAGCAGACUACCUCCUUGUAAACUGA